GCGGCGAGCAGGACUGGGUGCUGGGGGUCCCUGGCCGCCCCCCGCCCCUCCCCGGCGAGGCCGCCCACUCCUCUGCAGACGCUCCCGGGCGCCGGGCAUGGGCGCCGCCAGCGCCGUCCCCGGGCCGCAUCCGCACGCGGAACUUGGAGGCCAGGUCCCUACUUUGGAGAAGUCCAGGCGACUGGGAGAGCAGAUUCCCAGGUCUCGGGAUGCCCCCCAGCUGUGGGCGCCGUCUGUCUGUCUAGGUCUCCAGGAGCCACGCCAUGAGUGACCGCACCGGCCGGAGGACAAUUGAGGAGGCUGGCGGCCUGGCCCUCCGGGGUCCCGGUGCGUGGGGCGGGUGUGGGCGGGGGCAGGGCCCCGGGGUGAGCCUGCACCCCUGCUCCCCAGUGAAGAAGGAUGAUGAGGCCCUGGAGCUGUCCAUUCCUUUCGACGAGGCGCCUCACCUGGACCCUCACCUCUUCUACAGCCUGAGCCCCUCUCGAGGAAACUUCGAGGAGCCCCCGGGGGCCGCGUCCCCCACCGUGCCCCUGAUGGACGGCGUCAGGGCCCAGCUGCACAUGGCCUUGGAGAGGAACUCGUGGCUGCAGAAGCGCAUCGAGGACCUGGAGGAAGAGCGUGACUUCCUGCGCUGUCAGCUGGACAAGUUCAUCUCCUCCGCCCGCCCGGAGGCAGAGGACCACUGCCGCGGGAAGCCUGGGCCUCGGCGAGUGGAGGCGGAUGGCCGGGGCGGGCCAGAGGCCUCGGAUCCAGAGUCGGCGGCGUCCUCGGUGAGCGCCGCGUCCUCGGAGGGCAGCGCUGGCGAGAGGAAGCGGCAGCGGCAAAAGGGCGCCGGGCGGCGCUUUGGGAAGCCCAAGGCCCGGGAGAGACAGCGGGUGAAGGACGCCGACGGGGUCCUGUGCCGCUACAAGAAGAUCCUGGGCACCUUCCAGAAGCUCAAGAGCAUGUCGCGGGCCUUCGAGCACCACCGCGUGGACCGCAACACCGUGGCGCUCACCACGCCCAUCGCCGAGCUGCUCAUCGUGGCCCCCGAGAAGCUGGCGGAGGUGGGCGAGUUCGACCCCACCAAGGAGCGGCUGCUCGAGUACUCGCGCCGCUGCUUCCUGGCGCUGGACGACGAGACGCUCAAGAAGGUGCAGGCGCUCAAGAAGAGCAAGCUGCUGCUGCCCAUCACCUACCGCUUCAAGCGGUGACCCGCCGCACCGAGCCCCGCAUUAAAGAGGCGCCGCCCUUUGCAAUC